AUGGAGCAGGACCUAGAAUUCGUCACUGCUCAGCAUACCGAUUUGGAGGAGUGUAUUAUACCGCUCGAGGAGGAACUUUCCAAAAUCGUUCAGGUUGAUAUCGAACGAGGCCAAACUUACUCAAUGGCGGAAACAUUAGACUCGCAGCUCAAACAAAUGUCCGAGGAUCUCAAGGAAGUGAUUGAACAUAUAAACGAGUCGAACAAAUACUCCGAUCCGAGCGAUCCUUUGGUGCAGAUUGGAAAGAUACUAAAUGCUCACAUGAAUUCUCUACAAUGGAUUGAAUCAUCCACCUCCAGCAUAACCACCCGUUUGGAGGAAAUUGGUAAAAUGCACGAUACACUGAGGAAGGAUAACGAGCGAUCAUUUCGGUUGAAUUAUGACAAUUAA